UCCGGCUCCAGCUCCAGCUCCGGCCCGGGAGAAGCGCGAUGGCGAGCAGCAACAGCAACCACGCCGCGGAGAGCAACUUCAGCUCCGAAGAGGACGAAGAGGCGACCCGGGAGCUGGAGACCGGGGAGGAGUCGGAGGGAGAGGAGGACGAGACGGCAGCUGAGUCGGAGGAGGAGCCGGACGCCAGGUUAUCAGAGCAUGAUGAAGAGGGCAAGAUCAAGCAGGAGUGUAUCAUAUCUGACCCCUCCUUUUCCAUGGUAACAGUUCAACGGGAAGAUAGUGGGAUAACCUGGGAGACCAAUUCAAGCAGGUCUUCCACUCCCUGGGCCUCGGGAGAAAGUCAGACUUCCGGUGUGUGCAGUCUGGAAGGGUCAACUGUGAAUUCUCCUCCAGGGAACGUUUCCUUUAUCGUGGAUGAAGUUAAAAAGAUUCGGAAAAGAAAGCAUAAGUCAAAGCAUAGCUCACCAUCAUUGCAUCGGAAAAGCAACAAAAAGAAAAAUUCUUCUGAAUCCCAAGAUGUUUCAGCAAACAAAAAUAACAACCCUUUAAUUUCAGAAAGUCAGAUACAAAAAAAGGAAAAAGAGAAAACAUCUACUGGCAUUUACAACAAAAUGAAAAAAAAGACGACCACCUCAAAUAUACCUCCUAUUACUGGGGCAAUAUACAAAGAAUAUAAGCCAUUGGUGUUAAGGCCAGUCUACAUAGGAACAGUAGAAUAUAAAAUUAAGAUGUUUAAUUCGGUUAAAGAAGAAUUAAUUCCUCUGCAGUUUUAUGGAACAUUGCCAAAGGGUUACGUUAUUAAAGAAAUACAUUAUAGGAAAGGAAAAUAUGCAUCUAUUAGUCUAGAGCCAGAUUUAGGCAAUAGUGAUUCUAAUAGAGUUUCCCCAGACAGCAAAUUUGUAUCUCAAAGCAUAAAAGAGCUUGCUCCGCCCUGGAGAAGUGCACUCUCCAGAGGAUCAAAGCCCUUGACCUCAUUUUUCAGUCAUGAAGAUCAAAGGAAAAUCCACGCUGAUCCAUCCCUAAAUGCAGCAUCUGCAACCAAGCACAAAGUUUCCUAUUAUAUGAGUAAUGACACUGAAGAAGGAGAAAUUCAGCUCAGCCCACCACAGUCAGUGCCACAACAUCAAGGUGAUGAAACAAAAACCCACAAAAUGGAACCUUCCUCUCUUGUAUCUGAUACAUCUGCAACUACAUUACUGGAAACAACAAAGGAAGAAUUUGAACCUGAUUCACAAGGAGCUGUCAUUUCAGAGGAUGACUCUUCAGUCUCUCCAUCUUUGGUUGAUGAGGUAAAGAAGGAAGACGUAUAUUCUGCUGACCAUUCAAGUGAUUCACAAGUAACUAUCAUUUCAGAGGAUGACUUUUCAGUCUCUCCAUCUUUAGUUGAUGAGGUAAAGAAGGAAGAAGUAUAUUCUGCUGAUCAUUCAAAUGAUUUACAAUUAACUAUCAUUUCAGAAGAUGACUUUUCAGUCUCUCCAUCUUUUGUUGAUGAGGUAAAGAAGGAAGAAGUAUAUUCUGCUGACAAUUCUAUUUCACUUGAGGAGAAGGAGUUUCCGGAGACAGGUUCACCAAGUCUGGCAGCAUCCGCUGAGGAAAGUUUCAGCAUAGAGAAAGGUCAACCUUACCUGGCUUCACUUGAAAGGGCAGAACUAGUCUCUGAACAACUGAGCUUUCCUCAUCCUGGUGUCAAAGAAGAGAAAGAAGAAAACAUGCUUGAGUCAUCCUUUUCUCUUUCUGAACCUCUAGUGUUAGAAGCAUCAGAGAAAGAAGAAAUAGAAACUUCUCUACCAACAGCUGCUACUCCUGAAUCUGGAGAUUCUAAUUUACCAGGAGAAGAAAUCAUAGAACUUAAUUACCCAGAAAGCCCAUUAGUUUCUGAAAAGUCCUCUCCACCAUGUUUGGCCUCUGAAGUGGAGCAGGAAGAAGAGGAGCCCGUUCUGCCAUUAGUGACAACAUCAACACCUGAACAUGUAGUUUUGUCUGAGGAAGAAAGAGAGGAAAAUGAGUCUGUUUGUACUGAUUCUGCAUUUGUAUCAGAGUAUUCAGUCCCACAAGAUUCAAACCAUGAACAAGAGAGGAAAGAAUUUGAACCAGUUUCUCCAUCCAAUGAAGAAGCCGUUUUGUCAGAGGAAGAAAAUGAGGAAUUUGAGCCUUAUUCCCCAGCUAUGGGCUCUGAGUCUGAAUACUCUUUCCCACCAUCCACAACAGAGAAGACUUGUGAAUGCCAGUCCCCUUCGCUUUCAACAGGGACAUUGGAACACAUGGUCCUUUCAGAAGAGGCCUCAGAAAGUCAGCGCUGCACACCAGAUUCCAUACCUGCUUCUGAAAAUUCAACUCCAUCACAGGAAACAGAAGAAUCAACGAAGAGAACAGUUGAUCACAAGUCCCUAUUAAAACCCAAAGGUGUUUCUGAGGAUGUCAUUCUGUCAGAAGAGAAGGAAGACAUUGGCUCAUAUAUCCCAGCUGUGGUUUCUGUAUCUGAAUAUGUUCUUCCACCUUACACAAAUGAGACUCCCGAAUGCCAGUCACCACUGCUUUCAGCUGCUCCAUUGGAACCCGUGGUUCUAUCAGAAGACAAUGUAGGAAGUAAGCAUUUCAUACCAGAUUCAACACUGAAAAAAUAUGUAGUUCCACCAAAUGCAACACCUGAAUCCCCAAAGAAAAUAAUUGAUGAUGUGUGCCAAUUCAAAUCAGAAGGGGUUUCUGAACAUAAGAUUCUGUCAGAAGAAGAGGAGGAAGAUAUUGGACCAUAUUCCCCAGAUGUGGACUCUGUAUCUGAACAGUCUCUCCCACUGUAUACAAUAGAGAUGGCUUCUGAAUGCCACUCCCCAACUCUUUCAACUGCUGCAUCUGAACAUGUGGUCCUAUCAGAAGAUUCUGUAGAAAUGGAGCGGUAUACACCCUCUUCCACCUCUGCUUCUGAAUUUUCAGUACCUUCAUAUGCAACACAGGAGUCAAAGAAGGAAGAGAUUGUCCACAGAUCCCCUUUAAAUCUGAAAGGUGCCCCCUCACCCAUGAAUUUGUCAGAAGAUGAGCAAGAAGACAUUGGACUGUUUUCUCCAGAUUCAGCAUUUGCAUCAGAAUUCUCAUUUCCACCCUAUGCACCUCAGGAAGCAGAGAAAAGAGAAUUUGAGUGUGAUUCUCCAAUAUGUUUAACAUCGCCAUCUGAACAUACUGCUUUGUCAGAUGAAGACACUGAAGAAGCUGAACUGUUUUCUCCAGACUCAGCAUCACAAGUUUCAAUCCCACCAUUUAGAAUCCCAGAAACAAAGAACGAAAUUGGGCCUGAUUUACUGUUAACUGCAAUGUCUGCUUCAGGAUGUUCCUGUUCUUCAGAAGCAGAUGAGGAAGAAAUUGGAUCAACAUCUGCUACACCUAUACCUGAGCAUGUCAGUUCCUCAAAGAAACAAAAAGCUGAACCUUCCCCUUUGAUACCUGCACCUGAAGACUUGAACCUGCCACCUGCAACAAAUAAAGCAGAGAAGGCAGAAAUUAAGCCAGAUGAUCAAACAACCUCCAUGUCUGUAUCUGAAUAUCUCAUUUUGGCAAAGAAGCAGGAAAUUCAAACAUCUUUGGAGCCUGAGUCUGAAGACUCAAUUCUGCCAUAUGUAACAAGUGAACUGGAGAAGGAAGAAAUUAUUAGUUCAUUGGUCACUGCAACACCUGUUUCUUUACCUGCAAAAUCAUCCAUGGUAAAGGAAGAAACAACAUAUGUUUUGCCUGUGUCUCAGUAUUCAGUGUCACCUGAUGCAGACCGCGCAAUUAAGACAGAACAGGAAACCAAAGCUUCACUCAUGCCAAAAGCUGCAGAAGAACAGAUGGCUUUGUCAAAAGUCAGAAAGGAAGAAAUUGUGCCUGAUUCUCAAGCAGCUACAGCACAUGUAUCACAGGAUCAAAAAAUGGAGCCUCAGCCUCCAAAUGUUCCAGGGUCUGAGAUGAAAUAUUCAGUUGUUUCUCACUUGGUAGAUGAGCCAAAGAAGGAUGUCAAACCCAAUUUAGCUCCAACUGUGACAUCUGAACCAGAACAAAGAAUUCUGUCAAAGAUUGAGCCUGAAGUAAUAAAACCACCUUCUCCUCUAAAGGAAACAUCUUUAUCUGGACCUGAGGUUUUAUCAGCAGUGAAAAAGGAAAUGAAACAUGAUUCUAAAAUAACAGUCACACCAAUAGUGCCACAUUCGGCUUCAUCUGGAGUGGAAACAGAAGUUGUACAUGAUGCACCUGCACCAGCAUUUUCAGCAUUGCCAGAAGAAAUAAAGAAAGUAAUUGAACCCAGUUCUUCAAGGACUACCAUAUCUGUAACUAAGCAUGAUUCAAGUUUAACCAAAUUAGUAAAAGAAGAAAUUCCACCAGAUGCACCUCUUACUACCCCUGUGGAACAUCCAUUCUUAAUAAAACUAGGAAAGGGUGAAUUAGGAAGUGGUUUGCCACCACUGGUAACAUCUACAGAUGAGCAUUCCAUUCCUAAAGAAGAGGAAAAGGCAGCAAUUAAAGUCAUUUCUCCCAUUGAAACUACUGUACCUAAACAUUCAGGUUGGUCAGAAGCAAAGAAGGAAAUUAAAUUUGAUUCACCUUCAAGUGUAUUAUCUACAUCAGAGUACUCAAUUUUGUCGAAAGUAGAAACUGAAGAAAUUAAACCUGGGUUGCCAAUAACCAAAAUAUCUUCAUCUGAGCAUUCAGAUGUACCUAAAGAAGCAGUGAUAGAAAAUGAACAAGGUCUUUCUUUUUCUAAAGUCCUUGAUUCUGAACAUGUAGUUUUAGCACAGAAAAAGAACUCCACAUCUGCCUCAGAGGUGGUAUCGCCUGAACAUUUGAUUUCGCUCAGCCUAUGUGGUGAGAUAAAGGAAAAAGAAAUGGAACUUCCUUCAUCACAAAAUAUAUCAGCUGCAACCAAACAUGCAGUUCCAAAAGGCAACAAUGAGGAAAUAGCAAAUUCUUCUCCCCAAACAGAAAAUUUAGUGUCAGAAGAUUUAACCCCGACAUUACUGACCCCUACUGAUGAUAAGAACAAACGGGUGAUGGAGAUGUCUUCUACAGAUCUGGGAGAUUACCUGUCAGAAAAACAAGGUCUCACUUUGACAGAACUCUCUUUGGAACCUGAGAAGAAAGAUAAGCCACACCAAGUGUCAGAAUUACCAAAUGCUGAGUCAGAAUUCAUUAGUGAUUUAGGUAGGCAAAGUAGAACUGUAGAUACAAAACAAGAAAAAUCUCCCAUAUCUGAAACAGGAGAUUCUGUUUUGGAAAAGGGCAUAGCUGAACUUAAGAAUUUAAGAGAAGAAAAACAAGAAAACAGGGAACUCCAUGUGACUACUACAUUGCCUGAAAUUUCAGAGUUUUUAGCAUGCCUUAGCGAGGAAACUCAGAAUCAAGAAAUUAAACCUUUCUUUCCUGAGGUAGUCAGCCUUGGGUCAAAAGAAGCAUCUACUUCUCUAGUAGAAGCAGAAAACUCAGAAGAACUGCAGCCAAGUACUUUUUCUUUAAAAGGCUUAUCAGAGGAGUUGAACCAUUCAGUCAACUUCGAAAAAGGGGAAAAACAAGAAAUAGGCCCAUUACAGCCAGUAGGAAAUUUAAAGGCACAAGUAACAGGAGAUAUUUUAACUAAACUAAAUGAAGAAACUGGCCAACCAAAUUCAUUCCAUGUACCCCAGAGCAUAACAAAACCAUCAAAGAUUACUUCUGACCUCCUUGUGGAACAAAAGAAGCCUGAAAAAUUGCCUUUUUCAGAUAAAGCUGUCAAAUUGCCUGAUAUAAGCAGCUCUUUUGAAGAUAAACAAGAUCUGGAUAUUAAACAAUUUUCUUCUAUGAAAGAAAAUUUGCCUUUGGUAGAAUCAGAAUCAUUUAUGACAAGUAAGCCUGCAGACGUUAAAGAAACAAAAAGGAAAGAGCCCCUUAUUUAUCCAAAGGAUGAAAAUUGGAUGCUGGAAAAGCCAGAAAGAGAUUUGGCCAGUCAUCAUGAUGAAAGAAUACUGGGAUCUGUGCAGCUGGUUUCCUCUGGCAGCAGUGACCUGAUGACAGGGCAGCUCAAUGAUGUUCUGUUGGAUAAACACCAUACUCAUGAAAUUAGAAAGCAGGUUGUGCCACAUUCUGCUGACGAGUCUCAUUUAUCAUUACAAGAACCAAUAUCUACUCUAGACAGCUCUAGCAGUAAUGCAGAGACACUAUCAACUGAAACUUACUCUUCUGAAAAAAUAAAACUGACCCAAGAACCAAAAUUAUUUCCAGCUCCAGCUGGAAAUGCAGAGAGAAAUGUUGCUGAGGGGAAGCAGAUCCAUUCUUUCCUAGGGAGUGAAAGUCUGAUAUUGGAAAGAGAAAACACAGAAUUUCCCAGGCCUUGCAAAGAAGAGAGCCAGGGAGAAAUCAAACUGUCUUCUGAAGGAAUCCUCCAGAAACCAGCAUUUGGCUCAUUAGUGGAACAGGUCAAGUCAAAAACAAUUCCCUCAUCCACCAAAGCAGCUCAUUUCCUGGCAGAAGUCAUGGAAGCUGCCUCAGACAAUGAAAAAGAAGGACACAGGAGCAUACCUCCUGUACCUGUAGAGAAGCCAUUAGAAGAAUCAAAAAUGGUUCCGUCAAAGGUUGUAGAAGAUGCUAACCAGGGUGGGAAACCAGCACCUGAAGUGAAAAUACCCACACAACAAAAACCCCUCUCCUCAGUCCAAGUUAAGGAGGAACCUCUGCCUCCAAAGUCACCUGAGGUAUCACAAAGACUGCCUGAGCAGCCCCAGACAGUUGAGCCACACCUUUCUGAAGAAAAAGGAAAGAAAGGAAUUUCUUCUUUCACAUCCUGGAUGUCUAGUUUGUUUUUUGGAUCAAGCACUCCAGAUAACAAAGCUGCUGAAAAAGAAGAUUUAAAAGCUCUGCCAAGUCCGUAUGAAGAAAAAGCAGUGACUGUGACAGAGCAUAAAGGUAUGAUCCCAGCUGUCUCUGAUUAUGCAACUGAUAAACCAGUUGAUCAUCCAUUACCAGAGGCAAAACUUAAAACUGCUGAAGAAUCCAGGGCUGCUUUAGUUGAACCUGGUGAAAGUCAAGACUUUAAAGAAAAACCCACAGUUUUAUCAAAGGUAGAAGUUUUACAACAGCCAAAAUCCACCUCUGAGAUGUCUAGUGAAGGUUAUGGGAAGACAGAAACCCUCGACUCCUCAGAGGAAAUGGGCACAAACUCAGAAGUUACUUCUGCUGAUGAUGGGGAGCAUCUUGGAAUUCAAACUUAUUCCCCCAUGAAUGAGAAAUCGAUUAUGGAAGAAGCCAAAAAUGUUGUUCCUCUUCAUGUUGCUGAAAGUAAAAGAGCCCAGAAGCCAGCAAUCUCUCCUCCAUCUAAAUGGAAAGUUUCUAUUCUUAAGGAAGAGCCAAGAAGUGGUCAAAAAGAAAAAUCACUCUUUUCCUUUGAUGCAAUAGAAAAGGUGCCACAACAGCCAAUCUCAGCUUCAUCCACUUACUCAAGUGAAAGUAUCACGAAGGAGCCAGAGAAACCAGAGUCAAUAAUUUUUCCAGUGGAAGAAUCAAAAGUCAGUUUAAUUGAUCAUGGUAAAGAGAGACUAAAGAAGGAAAUGCCAAAACCUACUUCCUUGAAAAUUUCUGAAGAGGAAAUAAAACUCGAGUCUGUUAGCCCAGCUGAGAGGAAAGAUAACUUGGAAACCAGAACAUAUUCCUUGACAGAAAAGAAGGUGCUGGCAGAAAAACAAGAAAUUGUGGCCCCAUUAGAGCUUAGAGAUAAUAAUGAAAUAGAGAAGAUAGAAAUUACACCUGGAUCUAGACCUAUUGAAUUGGAAGAAUCAAAAGCUGCUAUUAUGCUGCAAGUCUGUCAAAAUGAAGACCACAAAGAAAGAUACCAAGUUGUUGUUGGUUCUGAAGAGGAGAAAGGAGAAGCAAAAGAAAAGUGGUCACAUGCAUUUUCAGAAGAAAAUAAGCAGCAGGAAAUUAAGGCUUAUUCUGUGAAGGUAUCCAGGUCUAUGCCUGAAGAAUCAGAUAUCUCUUUAGGUGAAAUUCAACCAUUUUCAAUAGCUAAAGCCACAUCAACUAUUGAAAAAUCACAAACCAUGCUCUCAGAGACUCACCCAGAAACUAGGGAAACAAAGGUAACAGGAAUUCAACCACAUCCAUUAGAAGAAAGAGCAGUUUUGGUGGAAAAAAAUAAGAUUUUCAUUCCAGUGGAUCUUCCUUCUCAUGAUGAAACAGAUAGCCAUUCUUUACCUAAGGCAGGCAGUCUGGAUUUGGAAGAGUCAAACAGGGAUAUGGCGGAUCACAAUGAAGAAAAGGGACAGUUCACUGUAGAAAGGACUUUAGAUCAUCCUUUUGAUGAAACAAAGAGCUUAGAAACACCACCACAUUUGCCAUCAUCUGUAAAACCACAAACGCUUGUUUCAGGAGCUUCUACAGAAAUCAGCACAGCAAAGAAACAAGAAAUGCCAUGGUCAGAAUUGACUUCAGAUAGGCAUACAGUCCAUACCAUUCAAACAUCUAAAGAUCAUACAUCUGAUUUGCCUAAACAAUCUGUUUUUAUUUCAAAGCAUGAUUUUCAGGCUGUGGGAGAUGCCCAUGUAAAUGAACCAUGCCCUUCAGCAAGCAGCAACUAUGCUCAAUUUAUAACUAAUGCAUCAGCAAUCAGUGUCGACAAAACUGGUUUUACUAAAGAAAUAACCAAAGACCCUGAAGACACAUAUGAAAAAGAUGAAGAAUUUGCAGUGACUAGUAAGCCAGCUGGACUUUCAGAAGAUCAAAAGCGUGCCUUCAGUAUCAUUUCUGAAGGUUGUGAGAUAUUGAAUAUUCAUGCUCCUGCAUUUAUUUCUUCAGUAGAUCAGGAAGAGAGUGAACAGAUGCAAGAUAAGUUAGAAUAUUUGGAAGAGAAGGCUUCACUUAAAACCACGCCACUCCAUGACAAUAGUGAGACAGUUGCUUGCCAUAAAACAUUAAAGACUAAGUUAGAAGAUUCUGAUGAAAAGGCUAUAUUAUUGAAAGAAAAUAAGCAAAGGGAAACUCAUAAAACAAAAGAGGAGGAGGUACCCACAGAUUCAAAAACUGACACGUUAGCCUUUAUUCAGCCCACAAUUCCCAGUGAAGAGGAUUAUUUUGAAAAAUAUACUUUGAUUGAUUAUAACAUCUCCCCGGACUUAGAAAAACUGAAAGCUCCACAGAAAUUAAAUGUUGAAGAGGAACUCUCAAAGCAAGUUACAGAAGAAACUAUCUCUUUCCAAGAAAGGUCAGAGGAAAGUGCCCUAGAGCAAGAAUAUGACUUGGUGAAAUUGGAUGAAAGUUUUUAUGGAUUGGAAAAGGACCACAGCAAAUUAUCUCCCCCAGAGACCCAAAAGUCUUUGGUUAUCCAAAAAUCAGCUGACAGAGAUGCUCCAAAGGGCAUACAUAGAGAAGUAGACUCAAAGUCACCUGGGAUGCCUUUAUUUGAUGCAGAGGAAGGAGUCUUGUCACGAACUCAGAUAUUUCCUACCACUGCUAAAGGCAUUAAUCCAGAACUCCUGGAGGAGCCGCCUGCACUUGCAUUUUUAUAUAGGGAUCUGUAUGAAGAAGCAGUUGGAGAGAAAAAGGAAGGGGAGACAGCUUCUGAAGGUGACAGCGUGAAUUCUGAGGCAUCAUUUCCAAGCAGAAAUUCUGACAUAGAUGAUGGAACAGGAAUAUAUUUUGAGAAGUAUGUACUCAAAGAUGACAUUCUCCAUGACACAUCUGUAACUCAAAAGGACCAAGGCCAAGGUCUGGAAGAAAAACCAGUUGGUAAGGAUGAUUCAUACCAACCAGGGUCUGCAGAAGGGGAAAUUUGGGGAAGAUUUGGACCUAUUUUGGGGGAGCAGAGUCUGGAAGAGGAACAGAAAACUAUUUACGGGGAAGGAGAAUCAGUAGGCCAUGUGGAGACCCUUGAAGACGUAGCAAUGCAGAGGAAAGCUCCCAUCACUGAGGAAGUCAGAGUGGUUACCCAGAAGAUAAGCUAUGCAGUUCCAUUUGAAGACACCAAUAAUGUCCUAGAGAGAGUAGAUGAAACUAGUGUUCAGGGUAAUGGAGCAGGGAAUGCAAGUCCAGAGGUCAAUCUGAAUGUCCCAGUACAAGUGUCCUUCCCAGAGGAAGAAUUUGAAUCCGGUGCAACUUGUGUCCAAGAAACACUGCAAGAGGAACCCGAAAUGAUGGUCUCACCCGAGCCAAGUGAAGAUCGGCCCCGCAGUAGCCCUGUUCAGGAUGAUUAUGAAUUUACUGAAUCCCUCAAUUAUGAAGUGGUUACUCAAGACAUUUUAUCGGAAGAACUGUGUUCAGAAUCCACACCAGAAGAUGUGUUAUCUCAAGGAAGGGCAUCCUUCGAACACAUCAGUGAAAAUGAAUUUGUGCAGGAGGUGGAACAAAGUAUGUCUGCUGAACAGAGAGAGUUGGGCAGGGAGAAGAUGGAACAAGACCAAUUAUCAUCAGCGUUAGUAGUUGAGAAGGCACAAAAGGAACCGAAAAAGUCCCAGAUUGACACAUAUUGUUAUACUUGCAAAAGCCCAAUUUCUGCUAUUGACAAGGUAUUUGGCACCCACAAAGACCAUGAGGUUUCAACGCUUGACAUGGCCAUCAGUGCUGUAAAGGUUCAAUUAGCAGAAUUUCUAGAAAAUUUACAAGAAAAGUCCUUGAGAAUUGAAGCCUUUGUUAGUGAGAUAGAAUCCUUUUUUAAUACCAUUGAGGAAAACUGUAGCAAAAAUGAAAAAAAGCUAGAAGAACAGAAUGAGGAAAUGAUGAAGAAGGUGCUGGCACAGUAUGAUGAGAAAGCCCAGAGCUUUGAGGAAGUGAAGAAAAGGAAGAUGGAGUUCCUGCAUGAUCAGAUGGUCCACUUUCUGCAGAGCAUGGAUACCGCCAAGGACACGCUCGAGACCAUCGUGAGGGAGGCAGAGGAGCUGGACGAGACUGUUUUCCUGACUUCGUUUGAGGAAAUCAAUGAAAGGUUACUUUCUGCAAUGGAAAGCACUGCUUCUUUAGAGAAAAUGCCUGCUGCAUUUUCACUUUUUGAACAUUAUGAUGACAGUUCAGCAAAAAGUGACCAGAUGUUAAAACAAGUGGCUGUUCCACAGCCUCCUAGAUUAGAACCUCAGGAACCAAAUUCUGCCACUAGCACAACGAUUGCAGUUUAUUGGAGCAUGAACAAGGAAGACAUCAUUGACUCAUUCCAGGUUUACUGCAUGGAGGAGCCACCAGAUGACCAAGAAGCAAAUGACUUGGUGGAAGAAUACAGAGUGACUGUGAAAGAAAGCUACUGUAUUUUUGAAGAUUUGGAACCUGACCGUUGUUACCAAGUGUGGGUAAUGGCCGUGAACUUCACCGGAUGUAGCCUGCCCAGUGAAAGGGCAAUUUUUAGAACAGCACCCUCCACCCCUGUGAUCCGUGCUGAGGACUGUACUGUGUGUUGGAACACAGCCACCAUCCGAUGGCGGCCCGCCAACCUGGAGGCCACUGAGACCUACACUCUGGAGUACUGCAGACAACACUCUCCUGAGGGCGAGGGUCUCAGAUCUUUCUCUGGAAUUAAAGGACUCCAGCUGAAAGUUAACCUCCAGCCCAAUGAUAAUUACUUUUUCUACGUGAGAGCCAUCAAUGCUUUUGGGACAAGUGAACACAGUGAAGCCGCCCUCAUUUCCACCAGAGGAACCAGAUUUCUCUUGUUGAGAGAAACAGCUCAUCCUGCUCUGCAAAUUUCCUCAGAUGGGACAGUGAUCACCUUUGCCGAGAGGAGACGGCUGACAGAGAUCCCAUCAGUGCUGGGUGAGGAGCUGCCUGCCUGCGGCCAGCAUUACUGGGAAACCACAGUAACAGACUGCCCAGCUUAUCGACUUGGCAUCUGCUCCAGCUCGGCUGUGCACGCUGGUGCCCUGGGACAAGGGGAUACUUCGUGGUACAUGCACUGUUCUGAGCCACAGAGAUACACCUUUUUCUACAGUGGCAUUAUGAGUGAUGUGCUUGUGAGUGAACAUCCAGCCAGAGUAGGCAUUCUGCUGGACUACUGCAACCAGAGACUGCUAUUCAUAAAUGCCGAAAGUGGACAGCUGCUCUUCAUCAUUAGGCACAGGUUUAGCGAGGGUGUCCACCCUGCUUUUGCCCUGGAGAAACCUGGAAAGUGUACUUUGCACCUGGGGAUAGAGCCUCCGGAUUCCUCAAGGCACAAGUAACCAUUUUCUUUCAGAGCCUGGAUGAGCAAUAACUCAAAUUUUGGGGGUCCCCUCUUCUUUCCAUCUGGUGUUGUCCAUUUCUCAGCAGGUCUCCCACACAUUCGCACUCAUGAUAGUACAUGCACAGUGAUCAGCCCGCGAGCCAAAGCAACAAGAAAAGUUGAUUUUAUAGAGGAGCACAUGAGAAGAGAGGAUGAAAAAACAGCCUCUACUCUAUGUCUUAUAUGUAUUUGAGUUAUUUUCUAAAUUGAAAAUACUUAACACUCAAUUUGGGAACCAAAUAGAGAAACUGACUUCCAUCUGUUUUAUUCAUAAAAGAAAUCCUCUGCUGGACGGCCUGAGUGAAGGGAAGGUUAUGUUGAUAAUUCAUCUCCUCUGACAAAGAGACACUUUAUCCACAAGAAAAAUCUUACCUCACUUCACUAAAGGAUGAUGAGUCCUAGUCAGUAGAGAGUAUUGCACCCUAAGAAAGUGUUUUAAGUAUUUUAAGUUUAUAAUGAACUCUUUUAUAAUAAUAGAUACUGUAGAACAUGUCUCUUUUUCUCUGGAAUUUUAAAUGUAGAAAAGUGCUAGAUAUUAGAAAUCUCCAUUUUGUUAAAUAAAUAGAGUCUAUAAACCAAAACAUGUUAUGUGCACUUAUUAUCCAACAUGUAAUCUAUCAGUCUGGCAUCUCUGGACUGGUUAAAACUGCAGAGUAAAUAACCAUUACAUCUCAGUGGGUUGCGUAAGUACUGAUUUUCAGGAGAGAAUUAUUCACAUCAAAAAAAAAAAAAAAAAAAAAAUUAAAACAGCAGCAGUCUGUAGUUCCAGGCAACUACCAGAAGCUGGGAAUCUGUUUUUACUAAAAUAAAAUUGUUGGUCAUUUUUAUAUAUUAUAUUGAAACUCUCAAACUCUUCCUAACAUAC